AUGUCCCACACAUCGACAAAAGAUGUUCCUCGUAGCGACCCACAAGCUCCUCCACCGUCCAACGGACUGCCGAAUGGCGGGGUCGGGAUAGGGUUUGACCUUUCGGGGACAUAUGGGACCGUGGCGAUCAGCUACCACAAUGGUACUACGGUCAACGUAGCGAAGAUCAAUGCCAGCAGUCCAUAUCAUGAGACAAUGGCACGCCUAUCCCUCCACUCAUCUCAGCAUCUACACCCGCCAUACAUUAACAUGGAUGAAGAAUGGCGUGAUUAUCCCCGCCAACUGCUACGUCGCUGGCGCAAGAUGCGCGGACUUCCGGCAUCUAAUGAUGUUGGCGCUCUCAGCGGCAUGAUCACCGACCUGCGAACAGAGGCCGAGAAGUUUUUAGGCUAUAGGAUUUCGUCUGUUGUCGCGGCAGUAGUCAAUCUCGCGGCAAUCUACGGUGAAGACAUCUACGAUGCCUUUGGCUACGCUGGUCUUGAGGAUAUCCAAAUCCGACCGUUCAACUAUCCCACCUACGAAACCAUGGCCGCUGUUGCAGGGCACGGACUAGGUCUUUGUGAACACUACAUGGACAAAGAGGCAUGCGAGGCCGAAAUACGACCAAUAUCGAACAUGACAAAUGUGCUUUCAGUCCUCUAUACGCGAACUGCGCUCACGGUAUCCCUAUCCAGAACCUCCGUUGCUGCGUGGUUGUACGAGCAUGCUCCUUACAAGCUGGAAGACUUCACAUUAGGAUAUGACGCAAGACAUGAUAAUCCUCGCGAGGAAUACUGUUGGGAGGCCUUGAGAGACGCCAUACGUGCACCCAUCCUGAGAGGCUCCGUUCACAGCAGAGUCAGGCAGCCUUCCAAAGUGCUGUUGUUCGGCGAGUGCUCCGGUAAUCCAAGGUUUCGCAGGCUGCUUGAGGAAGAGAUCAUGAGCCUGUUCGGGCGCCUGCCGGAGAUCCUAGAUGAUGAGCCUGUCUUUGUGUGGGCGAGAGGUGCCGCCGAAUUCGCCAAGAGGAAGCCAUUCGACUUUUGGAAGGAUGAUGAUUUGAACGAGCAAUUGGAUCUGUGA